AUGAAGGCAUGGGAGGCAACAGUACGGAAAACACAAGCCGCGGCGAAGAAGCGAGCCAACACCAUAUUUGGAACGUCAUACGUAGUGGAUACUGAUGAAGACGCCUCUGAUCAAGAAGAGGAGCUCCACGCACCUGGGGAGGUUUUUCACGCUGAGAGAUUUCUCCCCAACGGGGAUUACUACACUGGCUAUUGGUCUGACACCUUUCCCCAUGGACAAGGAAAGUAUUGGUGGACGGAUGGCUGCAUGUACGUUGGGGAAUGGUUCAAGGGAAAGACGAUGGGGAAGGGGACUUUUAGCUGGCCAUCAGGCGCCAUGUAUGAAGGGAAUUUUAAGAGCGGUUUUAUGGAUGGCGAGGGGAUUUAUACAGGGGCCAUAGGUGGCACCUAUAAGGGGUCUUGGGUGAUGAAUUUGAAGCAUGGUUUUGGAAUAAAGGAUUACCCAAAUGGGGAUGUGUACGAGGGAGAAUGGAGCCGAGGGUCACAAGAGGGGCAUGGGAAGUAUACAUGGAAACUUGGGACUACAUAUGUUGGAGAAUGGAAAAAUGGCAAGAUUUGUGGGCAGGGCAAAAUGAGCUGGCCUAAUGGAAAUGUAUAUGAGGGGGAUUGGGAUGAGGGACUGCCUAAGGGAAAUGGGACAUUUAGAUGGGAGGAUGGGAGCUCGUAUGUGGGAAACUGGAGUAGUGAUCCUGAGGAACAGAAUGGGACAUACUAUCCUUCAGCUGCACAUAAUGAAGGGGGUGAUGAUGCACUUGAGUGGGAUCCUCAACAAGUUUUUAGUGAAGAUUUGAAGGAAUGCAAGAUAUGCCCAACUGAGAAGAUACCGAUGUGGCCCUCGCAAAAGAAGUUGGCCGUGUGGAGGUCUACAAAGGGUGGAGCGGAGCCGAGUGUGAGGCAUAGGAGGAUGUCUGUAGAUGGAAGGAUAGAUUCUGGGGUGGAUAGAGAUUUAGGGGGGAUGCGCUUGUCCGAUGGGGCUGCACCCUCAGCUUGGAUAUCGGGGGAAAUGAGAGAUGGUGACGAAUCCUCAACGAUGUCCCCCGUGCCUAUCAAGUUGCCCCAGAUUGCUAAGAGGCAAGGAGAGACCAUCUCCAAAGGGCAUAGAAAUUAUGACCUAAUGCUUAAUUUACAGCUUGGAAUUAGGCAUUCAGUGGGGAGACCAGGUCCGCCUCCAUCGCUUGAUCUGAAGACAUCGGCCUUUGAUCCCAAGGAAAAGUUUUGGACAAAGUUCCCUCCAGAAGGUUCCAAGAUCACGCCACCACAUAAUUCACGUGAAUUUAAAUGGAAAGACUACUGCCCUAAAGUGUUCAGAACACUGAGGAUGUUGUUCAAGGUGGAUCCAGCAGAUUACAUGUUGUCUAUUUGUGGCGAUGACGCUCUUCGAGAGUUGUCCUCACCUGGUAAAAGUGGAAGCUUCUUCUACUUGACCAACGACGAUCGUUACAUGAUCAAGACAAUGAAGAAAGCUGAAGUAAAAGUGCUUUUAAGGAUGCUAAGUGCAUAUUACAACCACGUUCGUUCAUUUGAGAACACCCUUGUCACCAAAUACUUUGGUCUGCAUUGUGUAAGGCUAAAUGGCCAGAAGGUUCGUUUCAUCAUCAUGGGGAAUCUAUUCUGCACCGAGUAUCUGAUCCAUAAAAGAUAUGACCUGAAAGGUUCCACAUUUGGGAGAUUGACUGAUAAGCCAGAAUCAGAAAUUGACUCCAAUACAACACUCAAGGAUCUUGAUCUCAACUUCAUAUUUCGUCUACAAAAGACAUGGUAUCAAGAAUUUAGAAGACAAGUCGACAAAGAUUGUGAAUUUCUUGAACAGGAAAGAAUCAUGGACUAUAGUCUCUUAGUUGGUAUUCACUUCACAGAGGCAUCGGCAUCAACUGAUAAUGGUGAUUCAGAAAGUGAUUCAAUUCCGAAAUUAUCGAAUGUAGAACAUAUGUUUUUAGACCCUGCAGGGUGGGCUAGCAUUAGAUUGGGGAUCAGUAUGCCUGCAAGAGUGGAAAGAACACUUAGAACAAAUGAGGCAGAGCUUCAGCUAAUCGGAGAGCCAACAGGAGAGUAUUAUGAUGUAGUACUAUUCUUUGGGAUCAUAGACAUUCUUCAAUUGUUGGAAAUAGUGUAG